AUGGAUCCAAAUCAACCCCAGUCGCAGCCUCAACAGGCACCGCAGCCCUACCCGCAGCACUACCAACAGGCGCCGCCGCGGGUCUUGCCCUACAGCAAGGCAUGGCAGACGACCAAGAUCGUCUUCUACUCGCUCUCCAUCAUCUUCUCUAUCAUCGUGCUCGGCAUAUCUAUCGCCCUGGUCGUCAACCCCAACAUUGAGAGCAUCGUCAUCAUCUGGACUGCUCCCCAGGUCGGAAUUGCGCUGUGCUGGGACAUCGCCGAGCUGAUCACCAUUUGUGCGCGUAAUGGCCACCGCGGUAUUCACCCAGGUGCCCAUGUUGCGCUCCAUCUGCUGCUGUGGUUGGGAAUCAGCGCCGCCAUCGGCUUGACCGGCUACUGGGUCGCAUUCAUCGUGGAAUGUGAUUACUACUGCCGGAGGUACUCCCGUUAUUACAGCUACUAUUCCGGCACAUACGUCCCGUCGAUGCAGGCCCUGCUGGCUUUCCUGUGUCUUCUCAUUCUCGUGCACUUCUUCCUCUUUGUCCGUGCCUGCGUCGAGACCGCGCAGCGUAACAGAUUGGCUGCCCCAGUGAUCAUGGUUCCGCAGCACAUGUACUACGCACAGCAGCCGAUGGCGCAAUAUCCUGUGCAGCCAGGCUACCCCAACCAGCCACAGCAGGCUCACAUGUCGGGAUAUUAUGGCCAGCCUCAGGAGGUCCAGAAUCACUUCACUGGGUCGACCCACGUAUCGCAGCCAUCGGCGCCUACGCCAGUCCAUGACAAUGCGGCUCACCCGACCUCAUCCCAACACGCAUAG